UUUUUUUUUAGUAUUCAUCAUAACAAUGAAUAAUUACGUUUGUAUACUGUCAGUUUUUUUUUCCUUCUUUAAGUUAAGCCUAUUAUGUAUAAAAUUAAAAUCAAUGUUCCUUAAGGCUAAUUUUUUUUCUUCUUUUCUUAACUUAUUCUUAAGCAAGAAAAAAAAAACCCUUCUUCAUAUACACAUACACAUAUACAUAUAUAUAUAUACAUUUAUAAAAGAUGCCCACAAAUAGCUCCAUUCCUGAAAAACAAGCAUCCAAACCAAAGGAAAAUCAACCUCAAAAACCCAAAGAAGAGGAAGCUAAGGGCAAAAAGAACAAUAAACCUGAACAAGAAGCAAAAAAGCAAACUAAUAAAUUAAAGAAUGAUAAGAAACCUAUUAAAAAGGAGGUAGAUGAUAAUGAUGACUCAGAAGAUGAUAGUGAGGAAGAAGAGACUGAUUCAGACGAAGAGACUGACUCGGAAGAAGAAACCGAUUCAGAAGAAGAAUCCUCAGAAGAAGAAACCUCAGAAGAAGAAGAAGAAUCAGAUGAAGAAAAAUUAACUCCACAACAAAUUGCUCAACUUCAGAAGCAAAAUAGUCUUGCACAGGGUAUUGCAAAUAAUGCUAAUAAUAUAGGGAACACUGCAAAUUCUGUGGCCGAUACUGCUUCUAAUGCUGUUAGUGGAAAAAGCGACCAUCCUCUUAGUCUUCGACUUGAUCUUAAUUUAGAUGUUGAAAUCGAACUUAAAGCCAGAGUACAUGGUGAUGUUACUUUAGCCUUACUUCGUUAAUGAUCUGUUUUUUUUAAUUUGUUUUCAACUUUAUUUUCCUAUCAUAAGUGUAUAUUUAAUCAUCAUUAACAUUAAUAUCGAAUAAACUUUUGUUUCUUGUAAAUAA